AUGCAAGUGGCGCAGAGAAAUGGCACAGGAGAUAGCCAACACCGCCUGGCCGCAAUCCCGUGCCACGUGCUCCGGGAUGACCCUGCUGGAGCAGGGCGGCAGGACCAGACCCCCACCCUGCUCCCUCCCAGCCUGUCCCGCUCGGUGACUGCGACCCGCAGGAGCCGCCAGCGCCCACGGCCCCCGCCGCGACCCCGCACGGGCGGAGGGACCCCGGCGGCGGCGGGGCCCGGGCACGGCACACGGGAGGCCGCCGCGGGGAGAGGGAGCCGUCACCCCAGAGCCACCCCCGGAGCCGCCCUCAGAGCCACCCCCAGAGUCACCCCCGAGCCACCCCAGAGUCACCCACAUAGCCGCCCCCAAAGCCGCCCCCAGAGCCACCCUAGAGCCACCCCCACAGCCGCUCCCACAGCCACCCCCGAGCCACCCCCAGAGCCACCUCCGAGCCACUCCCGGAGCCACCUCCGAGCCACUCCCGGAGCCACCCCCGGAGCCACCCCAGAGUCACCCCAGAGUGACCCCCAGAGCCACCCCCAGAGCCACCCCCAGAGUCACCCCAGAGUCACCCCAGAGCCACCCCCAGACCCAUCCCCGGAGCCACCCCCAGAGUCACCCCCAGAGCCACCCCAGAGCCGCCGCCAGAGCCACCCCCGAGCCACCCCUGAGCCACCCCAGAGCCGCUCCGGAGCCGGCCAGGGUGUCCCGCCGCUCCUGUCCACGGCCAGGCUGCAUCCCCAGGGCCUCCCUGCUUCAGAAAACACUGAAGUCUGGGUUUAG